UCGCUGCUAGUUUUGGACUGUGUCGUUCCCGAGAAGCAGUUCCCGACAAGAGGAUCUCUGUGACUUACCUAAAGAUGGAGGAAGGUACUUCUUCUGGUUCACGUCGAACACGUUCUCAGGUUGCUCCGGACUGGACACUCAAAGACUGUCUGAUCCUCGUCAACGAGAUAGCUGCAGUUGAAUCAGAUUGUUCCAAUGCUUUAUCCAGCUUCCAGAAAUGGACAAUUAUUUCUCAGAACUGUAACGCUUUGGAUGUAAACCGAACUCUAAACCAGUUCAGGAGGAAAUGGGAUUCUAUGGUCUCUGAUUACAGCCAGAUUAAGCAGUGGGAGUCCAAAGAAAGAGGCAGUGGCCAUUCGUAUUGGUCCCUGAGUGUUGAUAAGAGGAAGAAACUGAAUCUCCCUGGGGAUGUAGAUAACGAGAUUUUCGAAGCCAUCAAUGCUGUUAUGAUGAUCCAAGAGAACAGAACUGGGAGUGAACCUGAUAGUGAUAGUGACCCGGAAGAGCAAGAAGAUUUUGACGUUAUUGAUGUCACUGCUGAGUUAGGAUCAAAAAGGUCAAGACAGCGAACUGUAGUCGUCAUGAAGGAGAAUCCACCACAGAAGAGAAAGACAGAAGAGGAGUCACGGAGGAACCCAGUUCUGGAGAAACGUGCAAAAGCAAUCCAUCAGAAGAAGACUAUGGAAGAGAAGAAGCCGGUGGUAGAAAUCUCCACGGAUGAAGAAGAGGAGGAAAACACGAUGAGCAUUGAAGAGGAGGUCAAAGCGUUGGAAGCGAAGCUAGAUGAGAAAACGGACAUGAUACAUGCAAUUGUCGGGAGAAAUAUAGCAGAGGGAAGUGGAAAAGAGGAUGAUGUUGGGAUUGAAGACAAGUUAAAGUUUGUGAAACAGCAAGGAGAUGAGCUAAUCGCUUGUUUCAGUGAAAUUGCUAAUGCUCUUAACAGGCUCCGUGAAGUCCAAGCUGAAUAACUUUUAGCUGUAGAUUUUAUUAUGUCAAGGCUUUUGCUUCGUUGGAGUUAGCUGAUUGUGUAGUGUUUCAAAAGACUUAUGUUGCAGAAAAGCUGUCUUUGUCAUAUACACUUAUUAGAAAGUACAAAAUAAAACGACUUCAC